AUGAGCAGCGUACUCCUCAUCUUUGGCUGGAUGGAAGCCAGCAUGAAGCAUCUGUCAAAAUACUCCGACCAGUAUCAGCUCAUGUAUCCAAGCUCAACUAUUGUACUCAUUCGAUCGCGUCAAAAACACUUCAUGCAGCCUGCAGCAAGGACCGCGGCGGGUCUACAGCCGGUAGCGAAGAUCUUGAGGGAGGAGAGAGCUGUGAGCUCCUCGCGCGCACCUGCAGAAGCGACAAUACAUACGCAUGUAUUCAGCAACGGCGGUGUUUAUCAGCUCGCGUCACUCAGCAAGCUACUCGAAACGACAUCGCCGCAUACUCCGGACAAAAGGGCAGCUCGCUCCAAAGGCGACAGAUCAGCGCUUGCAAGCAUGCCACAUCACUUCCCCACCAAAACACUCAUACUUGAUUCCUGUCCCGGUGCUACUGGCUACCAAGUAAGCUUGGCAGCCUUCUCCGCUGGCCUGUCCGGUAUCAAGCGAUACUUCGCAUACGCUCUCAUCAGCGUGUAUUACGUGCUUUCGACAUUGUACUAUACGCUCACACGGUCUAGAAAUGUCAUCGAAGUAUCAAGGAAAGCACUCGAGGCCGACGAGUUGGUGCCCCCUGUGCAGCGAACGUACAUUUAUUCGGACAAAGACACGCUGAUAGACUGGAGGGAAGUAGAGGCACAUGUAGCCAAAGUGAGGGCAAACGGCAUACCUUGCAAAUUGGAAAUGUUUCACGGGUCAGCACAUGUCUCGCAUGCUCGAGCAGACGGCAAAAGAUACUGGAAGCUCGUCGGGCAAGCGUGGGACGAAGCGAACUAG